AUGUCACAACAAAGAAUUUUAAAAAGCAGAAGUUUACAAACAAUAGACCCAACUCCACACCACAAUGAUAAUUUUUAUAGUGGAGCCGCAUCACAGUCAUGUAAUAAUAUAAAUCAAUACUAUCAAGGUGCAAAUAAUAAUAGUGACACCACCACCAAUAGUAAUAAUAGUAGUAGUAGAAAUAGCAUUGAUCAAAGUUAUAGUUAUGGAAAUAAUAGUAAUGGUUUUGACCAAAAUUUCGAUAUAAUUAAAGGAGAACACUAUAAUCUUUCCAGUGUUAUAUAUAAUGUUUAUGAUUCAUUAAAUAGCUAUUGUAAUUCAAUUAAAGAUAUAUAUUUAAAUUCAAAUAGUUUUAUGAAUAAUAUUCAAAAAUAUUUUGGACCAGAACAUCCAUUAUCAAAAUAUGGGUUCGGAGUUAUCGAAAUGGCAAAUCAAGGAUUCAGCGAAUGGAUGGAUAACCAACAAACAAAUUUUCAAAUGUUGGGUGAUUAUGUUCAGGAAUUAGAUACAGUUAGAUCAAAAAUAGAUAGAGUAGACCAAUUGUCAUUACAAUUAAAUGACACUAAUAUUGAUGAAUAUAUGGCAUUAAAAGAUGAGUUAUUUAAAGAUGUAUCAAAUCAAAUAGAUAAUCGUAUUAAUAGAUUUGAUAUUCCAUUAAUCCAAACCCAAUUAUCUUUUUCCUCACUAUAUCAAUGCUUAAAUACUAUCCACGAAACAAAUGGUAGUGAAAAACUACAACAACCAAUUCAAGAACUUGAAAACCCAAUUAGAACAUCAAAUAUUGUACCAGAUAAUACAUUUUAUUAUCAGUCACAAUCACAACCAUUAGAAACUGCCCAAGCCUACGAGGAAACUUACCAACCACAACCAUCACAACCAUCACAACCACAACCACAACCACAACCACAACCUGUACAACCACAACAAAGACCACAAUCCAAUUAUACAAGCUCUACAAUGCUCUUAUCAAAACCUGUUAAAACUGAAAUACCUCAUACUUCAGCGGGUGGCCCAAAGAAAUUAGAAAGAGUAGGUGUAAGAGAUUAUUCUCGUGCACCACCACAACCAUCCCAAUCUUCACCACUUAAACCAAUUCCAAGACCACAAUCAUUAUCUCCAGUAAAUGUUCCAUAUCAAUCACCAGUUCCAUCAGCCCCACCACAACAAGAGUUUAUCGAGCCAUUACCACCCCAACAACCAGCUGAACCAGCCUAUAAACAAUCAAAUAUUUUUAAACAAGUUUUACCAGUUUCAAAUAGUAAUGCACCACCACCACAAUCAAAUCAUGAUGAUUCAAGUGGUGUUAUUGAACAACCAUUAAGACCUGUACCACAUAAAUCAGUCCAAGCAAGACCACCAUUAGGUGGUUCAUUAACCAAGCCCCCACUAUCUCCCCAAGCACCACAACAGCCACAACAAUCACAGCCACCACCUUUAAGACCAGUUUCGACUAAUUUAUCACAACCACCACCUUUAAGACCUGUUUCAGUUAAUUUAUCUCAACAACAAACUCCAAAUAGAAGCACAACCCAACCAAACCCUCUUAACCAAAUACCAAGACCAGCCCCAUCACCAUACGCAAAUAAUAAUAUUAACUCACCACAACCACCACAACAAUCUUUUUCUAAACCAAAUGCAUCAUUUUCAAGACCUUUACCAAACUCUGUAUCAUCGGUUCAACAAUCACAAGUACAAACCAGUUUUUCAAUACCAAAUUACCCUGUGCAACCAGCUAAUACUACAAAUAAACCACCUGUAAAUCGUCAUGUUAGAACUAAUUCUGUAGAUAGAUAUUCACAAAACCAUUAA